AUGGGUGUGCUUGGAUUGACGCGAUGGGCAAAUGAGUCGGAGCGGCUUGUCUCGAGCGAGCUGACACUCCCUAUUCCCAGCGAGGCCGGUAAGGCACUGGAGAAUGGCGAGCCUGUUCAGUUGAACAGCGAGGGUGACUGGCUUGUGAUUGACGCUUGGGCGUGGAUCCACUACGUUUGGCACUCGAUGAACACAAACGUGUACCAGGGCGGAUCGCUCUUGCACUUCCGUGUCCAUCUCAUUAGCUGGAUUGAGAAGCUGAGAGCGGCCGGCUUCCAUCUUGUGGUCGUCUUCGACGGCCCUCGUUUGCAUCAGAAGAUUGGUCCUCUGCUGAGCCGCACGCAAAACUACGUGCGUCUGAACGCCAAGCUGAUGCGCGCCGGCCCGAACCUGCGCACUGACCACGAAUUUGAGCAUGCCCGCAUGCUUCCUCGCGGGCUUACUCAGUGUGUACAGGAUGUUCUGCAAUCGAGUGGAGUCGAAAUGAUCAUGGGUGCCGAAGAAGUGGACAGCCUCCUUGCGCAGCUGGCAGACGAGCGUGCUGGCUAUGUGCUCAGCCGCGAUUCAGACUUUCUGAUCCUAUGCGGAAAUGCACCCAAGUGCAAGGGCUACAUCCCGCUAGGCUCAAUUGAGUUCAUUGCAAAGGAAACUGCCCCUCCGCUUCCUGAGGCGCCGCCUGCAGACGAUGACGGUUUCAUGACCGUUAGCACAAGUAAGCGCAACAAAAAGGCGGCCCAGCAGGCCAAGAAGGCGCAUCUUCCGUACCUGCUGCAGUCGCCUGUCCUUCCGCAUCAGUCGUCUACGCUCAAGGAGACGUCUGUGCGUUUCCGAUGCUUUUCCUCUUACAAGUGUGCGGAGCUGCUGAAGCUUCCCAUGUCAAUCUUACCCGUCUUUGCAGCACUUGUCGGAACGGAUCACCGCACGAACACGCAGGCCGAGCUGUUUAAUGGCAUGUUCCAUGGCGUACCCAACCGCAUGCAGACGAUUGCCGCCCUGCUGGCAGAACAGUACACGCGGAUCAAGGAGGGCGGUAUUCCUCCACCCCCAGUGUCAGAGGAGGCUGAUGAUGAGCAUGAUUUAGACAUGGCCGACCCAGUUAUCCGCCUGCUGGCAAGCACGUUUGACAGUAUUGUGGACUUUGGGCGCAAGCGCCGGGGGGCGCCUCUGCCGGUGUCGUGGGAGAGUCGCAAGGAAAUUGUGAACUCUAUGCAUUCUAUGGCCCUGUCGUACAUGCCAUCACGAACGAGCGAGGCGAUGGAGCGCUUCAUGGCGGCCAGUGAUCUUCCCGCUCUCCAACUGUACCAGAAUGCGUACUGGGCUGGUCACUUUGACCAGGCGCUCGUCUCGGCGAUGCUUGAACGCAUCUACAUUGCUCGUGUCUUCUUAGAGGAGCCGGACGAGCCCUCAGCUGAACGUGUCAUUGUGCGCCCAAUGAGGAAAGUUUUGUGGUCUAUCCUCUUCUCUGUGUGGCUCACGGCCCAUCCUGAAGAGAAGACCAAGAUCGAGGAAGCCAUGGAGGAGCUCGGCGUGGAUGAGGAAUCGGAACAAGUUCUGGAGAAGACUGAGGGCCAGGAAGAGAACGAGAACGACGUCAAAGAGGAGAACGAUGAAAAUGAUGAUGACGGCAACGAAGACGGAGAACAAGAUGAAGAGGCCAAUGACGUGCGCGAGCCGGAGCCAGAGCCAGAGCCCGAGGAGUCGGGGCCUGCUCCCAUCACCUUCGUUACCGAGUACACUCGUACAGAAUAUUCUCUGCGCAAAGAAGAAGUACCAGUGUAUGCAUUGCCUGUGCAACUCGAACAGAUGGCGCGCCAGGCCCCUCUGCCUUCGUCGUUGGCCCGGAUGGUGGACCAGUAUGCAGAUGCGCUUGCUGCAAACCCCGAUACUGAGCCGGAACUUGUACAGGCGGCUGAGCUGCCUCACGACGUGCGUAUGGACCUGUGGCGCUACACGCACCACACUGACAUUCCUGAGCUAGAGCGUCUGCCCCAAGAUGUUCGCUCGUUCGCGGCUGCCUUGCGUUACACAAUCGUGACAAACCAGGAACGUCUUGGCGCUCUGCGCACACGCCAUAACUGGUCCAUGGCGGAGAUCCAGGCGGCUGUCAAUGCAGCCUGUAUUACUCGGCGUGUGAAUAAGGAGGCCUCGCCAGAGGAGAUGCAAUCAAUUGUGGCAGCUUAUCCGCAUGGAUCGCCGUCCAACCGGUCGAUUUCAUUGUGCACUAUGUUUUCCUUUGUGCUGCAGAUGAGUGCUUUGUUCACACAGUCACUGGGACUGGCUGACGAGCUUCCCCAUGGCCGACCAAUGUGGGAGCCGCCGCUCUUCCACGCAUGUCUUGGCUCCAAGAUGGACCCGAAUGCAAAGAAGACGCCCCCGAACGAGGCUUGGACUAAGUUCGAGGAUCCAGAACUAUGUGACCUGCUGUUUACGGUGGUGACGCACGGCCUCGACGCUAAGAUCGGGCGCACACGCACUGCGCCUGUGCCUCAGACCAAGAGUAGUGGCGGCCAGCGACAGCGCCGACACCUCGGUUUCCUCGAGGAAACGAUGCUGUAG